UCUCCCCUCCCCUCCCCUCCCUCAGAUCCGGCCACUCCCGCUCCCCCUCGCCGCCGGUCCCCCCCGGCCCGGGAACCCUAGAGCUCUCCCCCGUGGCGGGGCCGCCGGAGCCCCCGAGCGCGCGGGGACAAUGGAGGCGGCGCUGGAGGCGGCGCGCGCCAAGGACACCAAGGAGCGCCUGGCCGGGGUCGAGCGGCUGCACGAGGCGCUCGACGCCGCGGCGCGCCGCGGGCUGACGGCGGCCGAGGUCACCGCGCUAGUGGACACCUGCAUGGAUCUGACGCGGGACGCCAACUUCCGCAUCGCCCAGGGCGGCCUCCAGGCGCUCUCCGCCGCCGCCGUCGUCGCCGGCGAGCACUUCAAGAUCCACCUCAACGCCCUCGUCCCGGCCGCCGUCGAGCGGCUCGGGGACGGCAAGCAGCCCGUCCGCGAUGCCGCGCGCCAGCUCCUCAUCACCCUGAUGGAGGUUUCUUCGCCAACAAUAAUCGUUGAAAGAGCUGGAAAUUAUGCAUGGACUCAUAAGAGUUGGAGGGUGCGGGAAGAGUUUGUACGUACGGUAGCCACUGCAGUCGGGCUAUUUGCUUCUACAGAGAUUUCCUUGCAACGAGUUUUGCUUUCACCUGUCCUGCAGUUAAUGAAUGAUUCGAACCAAAGUGUUAGAGACGCUGCUAUCUCUUGUAUUGAGGAGAUGUACAAGCACAUGGGUUCACAAUUUCAUGAAGAGUUGCAGCGCCAUAAUCUGCCUUCUUACAUGGUAAAAGAAAUAAAUUCUAGGUUGGAGAGAAUAGAACCAAAGGUUCGAUCAUCUGAUACUGCAAUGCAGUAUAAGGCAGCAGAGUCUAGAUCUGUUAGUGCUAAUCCGAAAAGAGGCAGCCCAAGGACAAAAAGCUUACCAAGGGAAAGUACACUAUUUGGAGGUGACACUGAUAUAACAGAAAAAGCAGUGGAACCAGUAAAAGUUCAUUCUGAGAAAGAAUUACUUCGGGAGUUUGAGAAGAUUGCAGCUACCCUUGUUCCAGAAAAGGAUUGGUCUUUACGUAUUGCUGCCAUGCAAAGGAUUGAAGCCCUCGUUUAUGGAGGUGCAAUUGAUUAUCCCUCGUUUCUUAUGCUCUUGAAGCAACUGGUUCCUCCAUUGUCCACGCAGCUGUCUGAUCGACGUUCUAGCAUUGUAAAACAGGCAUGCCAUCUUCUUAAUAUACUGUCCAAAGAACUCCUUGGUGAUUUUGAGCCAUGUGCCGAAAUAUUUAUCCCGAUGCUUUUUAAGCUUGUUGUCAUAACUGUGCUUGUAAUCGCUGAAUCUGCAGACACAUGUAUUAAAACUAUUCUGCGAAAUUGCAAGGUUGCAAGGAUUCUUCCUCGCAUAGUUGACACUGCAAAGAAUGACCGAAGCGCAAUCCUCCGUGCAAGGUGCUGUGAGUAUGCACUUCUGGUACUUGAGUAUUGGGCUGAUGCCCCAGAGAUACAACGUUCGGCUGAUUUAUAUGAGGAUAUGAUAAAAUGCUGUGUAGCAGACGCGAUGAGUGAGGUUCGCGCAACUGCAAGGACUUGCUAUAGAAUGUUUGCAAAGACGUGGCCUGAGCGUUCACGCCGUCUUUUUAUGUCAUUCGAUCCUGCGAUACAGAGGGUAAUAAAUGAUGAAGAUGGUGGUGUGCACAAAAGGUAUGCUUCUCCUUCGUUGCGUGAUAGGGUUGUGCAGCCUUCUCGUGCUCCAUCUCAUGCAAGUGGUACACAUGUACCUGGAUAUGGCACUUCAGCUAUUGUUGCAAUGGACAAGAGCGCAGCUAUAUCUUCAGAUUCAUCUUUUUCAUCAAACAGUCUUCGGUUAUCACAGUCAAAGACGAUUGGCAGAAGUUCUGAAAGAAGCCUAGAGAGUGUGCUUAACUCCAGCAAAGAAAAAGUUUCUGCCAUUGAAAGUUUGUUGAAAGGUGCCAAUAUAUCAGGGCAAAAUUUCUCUGCUGCACGCUCAACAAGCUUGGAUCUUGGAGUUGAUCCUCCAUCAUCUCGUGAUCCUCCUGUGCCACUUGCAGCGCCAGCAUCAAAUGUUUUGUCAUUGCAGAACUCAGCACUGCUGGAUUCAUCCCUUCCUUCCAUCACAGCUGCUAGUUCACGAAAUGGAGGUUCCCGCUUAUUGGAUACAAUGACAACACAGUUCGCCCCCAAAGAGCGAUCAAGAUCACCAUAUUUGAGUAAUAUGUCGUCUGAGUCCAUGUCUGGCUUGUCAAUGCCUUACUCAAGAAGAUCUACGGAGAGGCUUCAAGAAGGAGCCCGCAUGGAUGAGAGUUAUGAUAUUCGUUCAACUAGGCGAAUCCCUCAAAUGCACAUGGAGAAAAACUAUGUUGAUAUGCCUUAUAGGGAUGCCGUCCACAGAGAUUCACAUAAUAACCAUGUCCCAAAUUUCCAGAGACCUCUUCUAAGGAAGCAAGUAAUGUCAAGGGCUUCUGCAAGUGGCAGACACAGCUUUGAUGAUAGCCAUGUAACAUCGGGUGACGUGUCUGGCUAUACAGAUUCUCUGGCUUCUCUAAAUGAUGCACUUUCUGAGGGUCUCAGCCCUAGUUCUGACUGGGUAGCAAGAGUUUCAGCUUUUGAUUUUAUUCGGAAUUUAUUGAAACAAGGCCAGAAAGGUAUUCAAGAAAUCACUCAAAAUUUUGAGAAGGUCAUGAAGCUGUUCUUCCGUCAUUUGGAUGAUCCUCAUCAUAAGGUUGCACAGGCAGCUUUCACUACACUUGCAGAGCUUAUCCCAGCUUGCAAGAAGCCAUUUGAAAGUUAUGUCGAGCGGAUUUUGCCAUAUGUGUUUUCACGGCUUAUUGAUCCAAAAGAAUUGGUGAAAAAACCAUGCUCCUCAACAUUGGAUAUUGUUGGUCGGACCUAUGCUAUUGAUAUGUUGCUACCUGCGCUAGUACGCUCAUUAGAUGAACAGAGAUCUCCAAAGGCAAAAUUAGCUGUUCUUGAGUUUGCAAAUAAAUCAUUCAGCAAGUACACUGUAGAUUCUGAUGGUUAUAGUAACAGUGGCUUCCUCAAACUAUGGCUUUCAAAAUUGGCACCUUUAGUAAAUGAAAAGAAUGCAAAAUUGAAGGAAGCAUCUAUUUCUGGUAUCAUAGCUGUUUAUUCUCACUUUGAUUCAACAGCAGUGCUAAAUUUUAUUCUCAGUUUAUCAGUUGAAGAUCAAAACCUUUUGAGGCGAGCCCUGAAGAUCAAAACUCCUCGUAUUGAGGUUGAUCUGGUGAACUACUUGCAGAGCAAGAAAGAGCGUCCACGCCCCAAAUCUUAUGACCAGGCAGAUUUUGGAACUUCUUCGGAGGAUGGCUAUGCACUCUCAUCCAAGAAGGGUUAUCUUUUUGGGCGAUAUUCUUCUAGUUCCCUUGAUGCUGAAGGGGGAAAGAAAAUCAGUACAAUGCAAGAAUCAACACCGCAUAAUGUCUCUAUAGGUCGAACAACUUCUGAUAUGAGCAUGGAUCAUGCUAUUCAAAGCUUGGAGCCAUCCACGGGAACUGAAGUUCAUUUAACUAGGAGUGCAGAGAGAAAGAAUAACAGUAGCUCAGUUGUGGAAGCUGCUCGCUCUUGGACAAACUACCCUGAAAAAACUGAUGCCUCCUUAGAUGGCGAAGCUGUUAGCAGUACUCCUCGGUUAGAUUUCAGCCGGUUUCUUACUUCUGAUAGUCAUAAUGCUGUUGUUUCGACAACUGAAGAAAGUGUUCAAGAGGGAGAUAUGAUUGUGAGUCUUAGUUCUAUAAAGACUAGCCUGCACACUGACAACGGUCUGAGCAUACCACAGGUUCUUCAUCAGAUAAGCAAUGAUACUGAAGUUUCAAGCUCGGAAAAGCGGGAAGCGUUGCAACAGUUGGUUGAUGCUUCCCUCGAUAACAACAGCUCCAUUUGGGCAAAGUACUUCAAUCAAAUCUUAACGACUGUGCUUGAGGUGUUGGAUGACUCUGAUUCAUCCACGAGGGAGCUUGCUCUAUCCUUAAUUGCUGAGAUGCUCAACAACCAGAAAGACGCAAUUGAAGACUCUGUAGAGAUUGUUCUCGAAAAACUCCUGCAUGUGACCAAAGAUGCUAUGGCUAAGAUUUCAAAUGAGGCAAACCAAUGCUUAAAUGUUCUGUUGGCAAAAUAUGAUCCAUUCAGAUGUCUUACUGUUAUAGUACCUCUAUUGGUCAGUGAUGAUGAGAAGAUACUUGUCGUGUGUAUCAACUGUUUGACAAAGCUUGUUGGGCGCCUUUCCCAAGAGGAAUUGAUCGAUCAAUUGCCAACAUUUUUGCCAGCACUGUUUGAUGCUUUUAACAACCAAAGUCCAGAUGUCCGAAAGACUGUUGUGUUCUGUCUGGUGGAUAUCUACAUCAUGCUUGGGAAAGCAUUCGCUCCAUACUUGGAAGGGCUUAGCAGCACGCAGCUGCGCCUAGUAACCAUCUACGCUAACCGGAUUUCACAGGCGAGGUCUGGCAAACCGAUCGAUUCUAACCAAUGAGAUGUAACAUUUGUUAUUAUUUGUGGUCUAUAUGAGCAUUUCUUCGGUAGGGUGUUUUUCUUGUCAUUUGUCUGUAUGUGUAUAGUAUAAAACAAGCGCCUCCCUUCUGUCGGGAGCUCCUGGUUUUUGCCCGGUGUGAUUAUGUAUGGCCUGUUUAUUCUUUUUUCCUUUUUUUAAUUUGGUAGCUUGUGGAGAGUGUUUAUGAGUGUGGGCUUCAUUUGUACUACUUGGUACAUACACUGUACAAAGAAAGGAAAGUGUAGCUUCGUGGAGAACAGUUGCGAAAGUGAUUUUUUGGCCCAUUUUCCUUGGCUAAAUGACGGUUUGCUGAUCAGUAGUUGUGAAACAUUUGUUGUGAAUUCUCAGCUGUCAACUUGAUUGUUAUCGUUUCUUGA